UGAGAGGAAUAUAACAGGUUGUUAGGAAGAAUGCAUGAGGAAAACCAGAACCAUGAAUGAGCUUGGUGUUAUCCUUUCUGUUCUCUCAGUCUUAUUCCUCCAUGUUAGAGCACAGACUGUUGCACCUUCAGGAGAUGCUGUGUCCAAUUUCCAACCAAGUCUUGCUGUUGUCAUAGGAAUCCUUGGUGUCAUGUUUCUAUUGACAUUCUUUCUUCUCAUGUAUGCAAAAUUCUGUCAACACCGCGGAGCUUCAGCUUCUCUUGGAGACCAAGAAAAUCUACCAACUUUUGUGAGAUCAAGGUCUAGAUUUUCAGGAAUUGACAAGACUGUCAUUGAAUCACUCCCCUUCUUUAGAUUCUCUUCACUCAAAGGGUCAAAGGAAGGGCUGGAGUGUGCAGUGUGCUUAUCAAAGUUUGAAGAUGUCGAAGUUCUCAGACUUCUACCAAAGUGCAAGCAUGCUUUUCAUAUUGAUUGCAUAGACCACUGGCUUGAAAGGCACUCUAGCUGUCCUAUUUGCAGGCACAAGGUCAACCCUGACGACCACACUACCUUCACAUAUUCAAACAGUUUAAGGAGGCUAGCAAACCAAUCAGGUCUAGGUGAAGAAUCUAACUUAGAGAUCUUUGUCCAGAGAGAGGAAGAUCAUAAUGGUUCAUCAAGAUUCAGUGUUGGAAGCAGCUUUCGGAAAAUGGGAAAGGGUGUCAAGGAAGAAGAAUUGCUCAUCCAAAAAGGAGCAGAAGAUAGUGAUGGUAACCAGAAGGGGUAUCAUAAACACAACCACAUGAUUACUAUAUCUGAUGUUGUGUUCAAGCACAGGUGGAGCAACGUCAGUUCUUCAGACCUCAUGUUUUUGAACUCGGAGAUGCUGAAUGCUACAUCAAGCAACAGAUUCAGCAACUUCGAAUCAAAUGCAGACCUGAUGUCAACCCCAAGAGAGGUGGUAGAAAAUGAUCAUAUUAAGAACAUCAAGGAGGAGAUGGAGAGGAAGAUUUCCUUCGAGAGCAAAGUUAGUGCUCUUAGCAACUUCAAAUCAGUUUCAGAAAAGGAUCCUCCUUUUACAUCAGAUUCUGCAGGAAAAUCAAAUCAUACACCAAAGUAUGCAAACCCAGGUGAGAAAAGGUCAAUGUCAGAAAUCACUGCUGUCUCUAGAUUUGGAGAUUUUGGCACGAAAAUGAGGGUCUUCAAGGAUUCUUCUUCUGUCCAAAACAACCUUAAAGAGGAAAAAAUGAGACAGAUUUGGUUUCCAAUAGCUAAAAGAACAGCUCAAUGGUUUGUGAAUAGAGAAAGAAGGUCUCAGCUAUCUCUGGAUAAACAACUACCAUUAGAUGUAUAACCAAUGCAACCUUUCUGAGGUACACAUGUUUGGUUUCAGUCCUUGUUCAACAACUUCGUAUAGAUGUCAGAUUUUUUGUUGUUGAAUAGUAUACAGUUAAGCAAAGCAGGUACAGAUUCCUUUUUUUCGUUUCAAUCAAUUCUUAUGAUCUGCAUAAAAACUUAAUCUUUCUAUGGCAGAAAAUUUAAGGAGCCCUCGUGAGCAGAGUAAUCGAAACCCUUUUAAACUUAAAAUUGUAUCUUCUUUUUCAACUCAUAAUCAAUUUUCUAUUGAUUUUCAACAAGAAUAAUAGAAGACAGCUUCAUGCCGUUGUGCUCAAUAAUGCUGUGUAUAUGUGUGUCAGCCCUUUAAUUUAAAUAUGUUCAUCUUGGUCAUAUUUUAUAUCCC